UUUAAAGCAUUAACAUCCUUAGUCAUAUCCAAGCAACCAUGAAUCCUUCUAACUCCAACACUUACUCACUCUUUUCUUUGUUUGUCUUGUUGGUUUUGAGUUCCUUGGUCUCUGGCCAACUUGAUUACAAAUUUUAUGAUAAUUCAUGUCCAAACUUGACAAAGAUUGUUAGGAAUGGCGUGUGGUCAGCUAUCUCCAAUGAUACUAGAAUGGCAGCCUCUCUUCUACGUUUACACUUCCACGAUUGUUUCGUCAAUGGAUGCGAUGGAUCUGUUUUACUCGACGACACAAGCAGCUUUACGGGUGAGAAGAAUGCUGGGCCAAAUCGAAAUUCUGUUAGAGGUUUUGAGGUCAUUGACACCAUCAAGGCUAACGUAGAGAAGUCUUGCCCUUCAACUGUCUCUUGUACUGAUAUCUUGACUCUUGCAGCCAGAGAAGCUGUCUAUCUCUCAGCGGGAUAUUCAUAUUAUUGGAUUGUACCACUAGGCAGGCGAGAUGGCACGACGGCAAGUCAAAGUGCAGCUAAUCAACAGAUACCAUCACCUUUCGAACCCUUGGAGAACAUCACGGCUAAAUUCACUUCAAAAGGUCUAACAAUGAAGGAUGUUGUUGUCCUCUCAGGUGCACACACCAUAGGGUUUGCACAGUGUAGCAGCUUCAAGCAAAGACUCUUCAACUACAACAGCUCAGGUCAGCCAGACCCAACACUUGAAUCAUCACUCCUGAAGAACUUACAGACUACAUGUCCAGAUGAUAAUUCAGACACCAACUUGGCUCCUCUAGAUCCUGUCACCACUAAUAAGUUUGAUAAUGUGUAUUAUAAGAACCUGGUUAACAAUUCAGGACUUCUGCAAUCAGAUCAAGCUCUUAUGGGAGACUCUAACAGUUCAGCCAUGGUAAACUACUAUAGCAAGUACCCUUACUUGUUUGCACAGGAUUUUGGGACAUCAAUGGUGAAGAUGGGAAAGAUAAGUGUGCUUACUGGUAAUGAUGGAGAGAUAAGGAAGAACUGUCACGUGGUUAAUUAAUUAAAUUCAACAUGAAUGCUCUACUCACUUUGUAACUUAACAAUGAAAAGCUGCAAAUGU